CUAUUGCGAAAUUUAUAAGUACAACUUAUGUGAAUAACAUUCUAUCAACUUCCUGUAAGAGGUAAACAAUCGAGUAUCGCCACGUCGAUUUGCAACUAUUAGACCAUUUGUCAAUAAACGACAAUAUAUUUGAAAGUACAGGAAUGGAAAGUAUAUGUUGAAGAAGCUGAUUAGUGCAAUAAAUUUACGCAGUGGAAAAAGAAACAUAAUCAUGAGCAAAAUGCCAGUGAGACGAAAUCCUACUAGGCACACUAUUGAGGAAGCAGACAUAGGAGAGGACUCAUUUCCUCAUGUACCUAUACCCUCCAGAAGAAAACGUGGCUCGGGAUCUGAAAAUGUUUCAAGGAGCCUAGAAGGAGACUAUGGCAAUGUAGCCUUGUUACUGUUCUUAUAUGUACUUCAGGGUAUACCGCUGGGUGUGGCGGGCAGCAUACCUAUGCUUUUACAAAGCAGAGGAGUGAGUUACAAGGACCAAGCUAUUUUCAGUUUUGUUUUUUGGCCCUUCAGUAUCAAAUUGUUAUGGGCACCACUAGUAGAUUCCUUGUAUUUAUCUUCAUUUGGGAGAAGGAAGAGCUGGCUAAUACCUAUUCAGUAUUUGAUUGGUGUGUUUAUGAUAUUCCUCUCCUAUCAAGUCAACAGUCUGAUCGGCAGUGAAAAGAGUGGUGAUGGAGUGAGUGUUUAUUUCCUGACUUUUAUCUUCUUCAUGCUCAACUUUCUAGCAGCUACACAAGACAUUGCAGUGGAUGGCUGGGCCUUAACAAUGCUCUCUAGGAGAAAUGUUGGCUGGGCUAGUACAUGUAAUUCUGUGGGUCAAACAGCAGGGUACUUUCUUGGAAACAUUCUGUUCUUAGCAUUAGAGUCUGCUGAUUUCUGUAACAAGUAUCUAAGGAGUGAGCCUCGAGAAACAGGACUGAUCACCUUGGCUGGAUUUAUGUUCUUCUGGGGCAUGGUAUUUUUUGUGACAACAACCUUGGUCAUGAUAAUGAAACACGAGGCUGAUGAUCCUGAUGCAGACAGUGAGCAGGGAAUCCUUGACACAUAUAAACAGCUGGUCAAGGUCAUUCAACUGAAACCAAUCAUCUCCUAUGCAAUCAUCCUUCUCACAGUGAAGAUUGGUUUUGCAGCAGCAGAUUCUUUGACAGGUCUGAAGUUGAUAGAAGCCGGAAUGAAGAAGGAGACACUUGCCUUGUUUGCCGUGCCCAUGAUUCCUAUACAAAUUAUACUGCCAUUAAUCAUAAGUAAAUACACAGCUGGACCAACACCCAUGGAUGUGUAUCUGCGAGCAAUGCCAUUCAGGUUACUGAUGGGAUUGGUGUAUGCCUUCAUGGUGUGGAUUUCUCAUGGGGUGCAGUCUAGUCCGGGAGUAUUCCCCACCUCCUUCUACGCUUUCAUAUUAAUUGUCUAUGCUCUCCAUCAGGUGACAUUAUAUAGCAUGUUUGUCUCUGGCAUGGCCUUCCAUGCUAAAAUCAGUGAUCCAUCAAUCGGAGGCACAUACAUGACUUUACUCAAUACCUUGUCUAAUCUUGGUGGUAAUUGGCCAAGUACAUUAGCUCUAUGGUUAGUGGAUGGUUUAACUUUGAAAUCCUGCAUUGGAGCAGUUGGUAGUUGUGAAAAAUCAGCUCCUUUAGAAGAGCAAUGUACUCAACAUGGAGGUGCAUGUGAGACCAGUGUGGAUGGGUACUACAUAGAAUCCAUUCUUCUGAUAGCCAUUGGAUUCUUGUGGUAUAUAUGGAGGUAUAAAAAGGUGAAGGAACUGGACAGACUGGACAUCUCUGCCUGGAAAUGCUCUUAAUUAUCUCCCAUGUGCAUUUCAUAUCCACUGCUACAUUCCUGGGUGAUUUUAUCAGAUGCUCAUGCAUUUUUUAUAUAAAAAAACAAUGUCUUAUAAAUAACUUUAAGAGAUUUCUAAUGGUCGUGAUCAUACUGCCAUACAUAACAUUUCAGAUUGCUCUGAAUCUCGUUUUCGUUCAAUUGCAGUUCAGUGGAAGAGUGUGUUUAUAAUUUUUUAUGUUGUCAAAUAAUUGGAAAAUGUUUAUUUUAUUUAUAAAGAUCAAUUUGUUGAAUAAAUAAAUGAAAAUAAUUAACA